AAUUACAAAACAUCAUUGAAUCUGUAUAUUUGAUUAUAUUUAUUCAACUAGAAUAAAUUAGAUCUCUCUUUCUUUCUUUCUUUUUCUUCAUGAACUUAUUGAAUGUGAAUAAUAUUCAUUGAGAAUUACUUACAUUAUCCAUUAUAAUUCAUUAUUACAUUAAAUUAAAAUCAAUAUUAUUAUGAAACAUAUUAAACAUUUAUUACAAUUUCUAUGGUUUAUUAUUAUUAUAACAUUCUAUAUAACAAUAAUCCAUGUGAAAUGUCUUAUUCCAAAAUUAUGUGUUCAUAAUAUCACAGCAAUAGGUGGAAGUGGUAUUUGUUGUCCAAUACCUAAAAAUUCUAAAUAUCCAUGUGGUGGUCCAGGUCAAGGUACAUGUCAAAAAGAAUAUACACAAAUUGAACGUAUACCAUUUUAUUUAAUUAUGGAUGAUAGAAUGAAUUGGCCAUCAAGAUUUUUUAAUCAUUUUUGUAAAUGUGAAGGUCAUUAUUUUGGUAUAUCAUGUAAUGAAUGUUGGUAUGGUUGGGAAGGUAAAUUUUGUAAUAAACGUAAAAAAUAUAUUCGACGUAAUAUAUUAUCAUUUUCUCCAAAGAAAAGAAAAAUGUUUGUUCAUGUUGUAACAAAAAUGCUUACUACUCCAACUGAUUAUUUAAUAUUAUUUGAAAAAGAUGCUAUACAUUCUGAUCCAUUGUGGAAACCUAAAUUUUUAGAUGUAGAUGUACAGUAUUUAUUAUCUUUUCUACAUCGUUACGCGAGCAGAGCUACAUUAUUUCAUGAUGCUAAAGAUUGUAUACUACGUCAACAUUUGGAUAAUAAUCAUGAAGUAGUUGGAUUUUUAACUUGGCAUAGAUAUUAUAUGUUAUUUUGGGAAAAACUUCUACGUAAAAUUGCAAUUCAACUAUAUGGUUGGUCAGAUUUCACAUUACCUUAUUGGGAUUGGGUUGAUUCUACAAGUUGUGAUGUUUGUGUUAAUAGUUUAUUAGGUGGUUAUGGACAGUGGGUUGGAGAUACUCGUUUAAUAGACCGUAGAAGUCCAUUUCACAUGUGGCCUGAAUACUGUUCUCCUCCAACUACGGGAAGUAACUGUUAUAGUUGUCACGCAGGUUGGCCAAACUUUCGAGUAUUGACAAGAUAUUUCGAAAGUUCAGCAUUUCCAACAACUGAUAACCUUUUGUUCACUCUUUCAAAGGAUACGUUUUAUUUGCCUCAAAAGAUGGAGGAUAUUGGUAAAUGUCGUGGUUUUCAUCAAGUUCUCGAAGGAUUUUGUUCUUUUACCGGUGACAAUUCAACUUACUCAUUUAUGCAUAAUAAAGUACAUAAUAUAGUGCGUGGUACAUUUUGUUGUGCAGCAACUUCACCUAAUGAUCCUAUAUUCUUAGUACAUCAUACACAAAUAGAUAGAAUUUUCCAAGUAGGUUAUAAGCAUUAAAUUAUCAUAUAUAUGCUGAACAUUUUAUUCUUUAACUAAUUAUUAUUAGCUUUUCUUUUAUCUAUGUACAAUAUACUAGUAAACCGUUAAUGACUUCAAAUGAUAUAUUACAAGUUACAGUAAACUUUAUUCUUCAAAAUAACCAGUGAAGAUAUUCGAACUCAAAUAAAUUAUUAAGUUAUUCGGAUGAAAUUGGUCAGCUUGAAAUGAUAUUUUAAGAAUAUUUUAAUCUUCAAAGAAUUUUAGUUAAUUAAAUAUGAACUAAAUUGUUUAAUCAUAUCUUGUAUAGUUUUUCAAAGUAUUUAUUCUGAACAUUUGUACAAGUUGAACACAAAGUGAACUCUGUUGACAACCACCGGAGUAAAUCGGCCCAGUUAAUUGAUACAUAAUUUCAAUCAUAAAUGAAAGUUAGCUAAUCAUGAUUUCCCAAUUAUCUUGUAAAAACGAUGAGAAGAUAUUUUCUACAAAAAGAAAAAAACCGAUGAUGCCCAUGAAGUGUAACUUUACUUCAACACUUAGAUGAUAAAAACAGAUAUUGGAUUUAUGUAUAUUGAAUCAAAUUGAAAAUAACACAAUAAUACAAAGACAAUAUUAGAUCACAGUAGUCCUAUAUCGUGAAGUGAUUGAAGAUAGACAUGUAAACCACUUGAUUCUGACUCAGUGCUCCAAAUGUUUUCAUACUGACAGCGAGAUCAAGGAGUUCGUGAGUCUUCAUUACUGAGGGUUAGGUAACUAAGAUGUGAUACAAUUGUUCUAUGAUCUUUGAUUUUUAAUGAUUCUCCAUGCAUUGUCAGUCACCGUUAAAAAUAAUCCGUAUAUUUUAUAUUCAUCAAUUUACUUUAAAAUGAUUAAGCUUCUUUAGUAGUCUAAACUCAAAACACUUUAUUAUAUGCAAAAUGAUUUCAUAUUCAGAUAUAUGAAAUUAUGUAAGACAAAUUCCAUUUCCAAUAAGUCACUGGACUUUGUAAUACAAUGCUUUAUAAUUUAGUUUGCUGUUUUCCUGUACUUAUUGUUAUUAUUGUUAUUUUGUAUAAUAGUUAUGGUUUAUGUAUAAUCGUCCACGUCCAACGGAGUAUCCAAAUCAUGGAGUUGCACUUGGAAAUUGUCGUGAAUGUAAUAUGGUUGGUUUCAUUCCUACAAUUAAACACGUAUUAAUGUUUGUAAAUACAGAACUGAUAGGUUAUACCUAUGAUAAUUUUAAUUUCGGUAGACGUGGCUUUAGUGGAGAAAAAUACUUGAAGUGUGGUCCUAAAUAUCGUGUCUAAUUUAUUAUUUACUUCAGAUCAUAAAAAUUUAAAGCAUAAAAACUGAAAUUGAAUACUUUUGUUCAACUUUAAAUGAACAAAUACUAUUCCAAAAAUUCCUGCUGUGGUUUUCUACCAAAUCAAUCAGAUUAGUACUGAAAGAAAUUGAAAAUAAAGCGUAAAUAAUUGUUUGGUUUUGCUCAGUUUGUAAAGUUUUCAUUUUGAUAACACUUAUGGAAACAACAUUGGAGAUUUUAAAUAUAUAUACAAUUUUCCCGGAGUUCUGACCAUUGGAGAUUAAUCAUGUUGGGAGUGAAACAAGCAACAACUAUGGUAGGGGAUGAUGAUCACACAGUUUCGUUGAUUGAUUGAUGUUAGAAAUGUAAAUCAUUCAAUUCAAACUCAGUAAUAUAUAGAUGAAAUGUUAACUGAGAGGCCUGAAGUUUCUCGGUUCUAUUGGUAGUAAGUUCGUAGAUGUACACUACGGGAAAGCCACAUACUAGGCCAAAAUAGCUGUUCAGUUCCUUCUAGCUUUCCCUGACUAUUUAACGAAAGUCAGUUCAUGUAAUAAAACUAGAAAACUGAAGAUUAUUAUACACCAGAAAAUGAUCGUCUACUUCAUUUUCAAAUUGAUUCACUCGGAAAAAAUGGGAAGUUAAGAAAAAAUUCACUGUCACCUAAGAUAUUAAAAACAUAUUGUAUUCUAUUCGCAAAUAGAAUCCUGAUUUCAGUGCAUCAUGUAAAAACGUUGUAAACAGUUCGCCUUUUUAGAUGCUCCAUUAAAUCUUAUUUAAGAUAAUUCGACAUAAUUUAAAUAUCGUCAUAGUGAUAAAAAAAGAACAACGGUAGUUCCCUUCUGUUUUAAUGCAUGACUUCAUCAAUCUCAGCAAAUUCGAAAAUUAAAGUGAUCAAGGGGUAUAGUGAUUUAAUAUUUCAAUGAAUGUAAUAAUAUACGAAAUAAAUGGUGUAUCAUCGUCAUAUAAACGAUUAUUUAGUGCACAAUCAAAUAACUGAUCAUGUUGAAUGAUGAAGGGACACUGAUGAAACUUACCAAAAGUAUAUAAAGACUAAGAAUAUCAAGAACAUUUGGUCAACUCAAAUUAUAUUUACAUAUAUUACUAACCUUAACUAUAAACAAAUGAAUAAAAGUUAGACAACUAAAUUAUAUCCAGUCGCAAAUAAAUUACCCCUAUGAACUUUCUUUUCUUUAACAGUCCAUUUACGU